AUAAUAUGAACAAUUAGAAUCAGUCGUGAGCGAUCCGCACACCGAGAAUAUGGCACUGAAGUUUGCAGCUAACUUGAAUUUCCUCUUCACCGAGAAGGCGUCCACAAUCGCGGAACGCAUUCGGCUGGCCCACCAGAGCGGAUUUCGGGCCGUGGAGAUCCCAUAUCCCGAGGGCGAGACGCGGGACGUUGUGUCUGCGGUCCGCGAGACCGGAAUUGUGGUCAGCCUCGUCAAUCUAGCGUUUGAUAAGAGCAGCGAUCAGCUGCGGUUUGGCUCGACGAGCGUUCCGGGGUCGGAGGGCCUGUUCCAGAAGCAGCUGGGCGAGACGAUUGACUUUGCCAAGGAUGUGAACUGCCGGAAGAUUCACCUGACCGCUGGACUGCUCACCAAGGGCCAGGAGACUGCCCACACAAAGGCGUACACAGCGAAUCUGAAGAUCGCGGCCGAUAGCCUCAGGGCGAACCAGAUGAUCGGCGUGAUAGAGCCAAUUAGCAAGUAUGCCGUGCCCGGCUACUUCAUGAACUCAUACGUGACGGCGCUGGGCGUACUCACCGAGGUGGGGGCCGACAACAUCAAGCUGCUGGCCGAUCUCUAUCAUCUGCAGCACAUCCACGGCAAUGUGACCAGGACGCUGGAGGAGUACAAGAGCCAGAUUGGCCACUUCCAGAUCGCCCAGGUACCCAAUCGCCACGAACCGGACACUGCCGGCGAACUCAACUACGAGUACGUGUUCCACCGGCUGCGCGAGUUCGGCUACGAUGGCUGGAUUGGCUGUGAGUACAAGCCGCAGACGACGACAGUCGAGGGCCUCACUUGGAUCAGCAAACUCGGUCACAGCUUGUAAACUUUAAUACAUUCUUUCCAUACACAAAGAAAAA